AUGGCGAUUCAAAAGAAGCACGGCAAGGGCCGUUUGGACAAGUGGUAUAAGCUUGCCAAAGAAAAAGGCUACCGAGCCAGAGCUUCAUUUAAACUCGUGCAAUUGAACAAGAAAUAUGGGUUCUUGGAAAAGAGCAAGGUCCUACUGGAUCUUUGCGCUGCGCCCGGAUCAUGGUGUCAAGUCGCUUCUGAGGUCAUGCCCGUCAAUAGUCUGAUUGUUGGUGUCGAUCUGGCACCUAUCAAACCCAUACCGAGAGUCAUCACGUUUCAGAGCGAUAUUACGACUGAGAAAUGUCGAGCCACCAUUCGACAGCACCUGAAGACAUGGAAAGCCGACACUGUUCUCCAUGAUGGUGCGCCCAACGUCGGUACCGCGUGGGUCCAGGACUCAUUCAACCAGGCAGAACUUGCCUUGCAAGCCAUGAAAUUAGCAACCGAAUUUCUAGUCGAGGGUGGUACUUUUGUUACUAAAGUUUUCCGGUCAAAAGAUUACAACCCGCUACUAUGGGUUCUCAAUCAACUAUUUACCCACGUCGAAGCAACGAAGCCGCCGUCCUCACGUAACGUCUCCGCCGAGAUCUUCGUUGUGUGCCGAGGCUACAAGGCUCCCAAGCGCAUUGAUCCUCGCUUCCUCGAUCCUCGAGCGGUAUUCGCUGAACUUGCUGGUGCCACGCCCAACAACGAGGCUAAAGUCUACAACCCGGAGGUGAAGAAGAGAAAGCGAGAAGGUUACGAGGAAGGCGACUAUACCCUGUACAAAGAAGUACCUGCGAGCGAAUUUAUACAAACCAUGGACCCGAUUGCUAUCUUGGGAAGCUCCAACAAACUCACAUUUCAACAGCCUCUCAAUGGAGACGUUGCCUUGGCUGCACUGGACAAGUUACCGGAGACAACGCCCGAAAUCCGCAACUGUUGCUCGGACUUGAAGAUUCUUGGGCGCAGAGACUUUAAACUGCUCCUGAAAUGGAGAUUGAGGGUUCGAGAAAUAUUUGGUCUGGCUACGAAGGAAAAAUCUGUAGCUGCUGCAUCCGAAGAAGUUGUCGAAGUUGAAGAAAUGGACGAGGAGCUGAAAAUCCAGGAUGAGCUCCAAGCCAUGCGUGACCGAGACAACUCUAAGAAGAAGAGGGUAAAGAGACGAGAAAACGAGAAGAAGCAGAGAGAGAUUGUUCGCAUGCAGAUGAACAUGAUCAGUCCGAUGGAUAUUGGUAUGGAGGAAGCCGGCCCGAUUGGAGAAGGCUCAAUGUUCACAUUGAAAUCCGCGGAUAAGACUGAAGCCAUGCGCCGACUAAAUCGUGGCAAGAUGGCAACGAUAUCUGAAGCAAAAUCUGCCGAACAGAAUUCUGACAGCGAAGACGACGAUAGCGAUCCCGAAGAAGACAGACUUGAGCGAGACUUGGAUUCUAUGUAUGAGAAUUACAAGGAGCGCAAGGCUGAAUCUGAUGCGAAAUACCGUGCCAAGAAAGCCAGAGAGCAACGCGGUGACGACGAAUGGGAGGGCCUUUCGGCAGAAGAAGGCCAGGAGUCAGAUUCUAGUGCCUUGGAAGAAGAAGACGAUUCGUCUUCUGAGGAGGACGACGGACCAGCUCAGGGGCUUUUGAAAGACUUCGACCAGCACACGAGCAACGGAAGUGGGCUGUCGAGCCGGGCCGCUGCUUUCUUCAACCAAGAUAUUUUCAAAGGAAUCGCUGAGGCACUGCCGACGACUCAAGCCAAUCAAAAUGAUGCUGUUGACGAAGAUGAGGAGAUUCGGAACUUGAAGCCUACGACGAAGGUUGGAAAAGAGAAGCAGAAACAGACCAAGAGUAGCCGCUCUGCUUCUCACACGAAUGACGGCAAAAUCGAAGUUAUCCCAGCUGCCGAUGAGGAAGAUGAGUGGGAAAAAAAGGAUACGAAACGCGCAGAUGGAAAAAUAGACAUCGAUAUUAUUACUGCCGAGGCUAUGACACUGGCACAUCAGUUAGCCAGUGGAACAAAGACGAGUCAGGAUGUAAUCGAUGAUGGCUUUAACAAGCAUGCUUUCCGCGAUCGCGACGGACUGCCUGAGUGGUUCAUCGAAGAUGAAUCCAAGCAUGACAAGCCCCACAAACCCAUCACCAAAGCCGCUGCCCAGGCCAUCAAGGAGAAGCUGCGCGCGUUCAACGCCCGACCCAUCAAGAAAGUACGGGAAGCAAAGGCGAGAAAGAAGAUGAAGGCCGCCCAGAAACUGGAGCGCCUCAAGAAGAAGUCGGAUAUGCUGGCUGCUGACGAGGGCAUGACGGAGAAGGAAAAGGCGGAUAGCAUCUCCAAGUUGCUCAGCAGAGCGGCACGCAAGAAGCCCAGCCAACCGGCCAGACUGGUCGUAGCGCGCGGUGCGAACAAAGGCAUCAAGGGCCGACCCAACGGCGUCAAAGGUCGUUACAGAAUUGUUGACUCAAGGAUGAAGAAGGAGCUAAGAGCGCAGAAGAGAGUAUCGCAAAAGAAGAAGAAAUAG